AAGUAUGGACAGGGGCGGGGGCUGCUUGUAGAAUGGCCCCGGGUGAUCUCUUCUCAUCCACGGACCCGGUGGAGACGGCGAACUCCAACAAUCUGGGGGCUCGGGAUCGAGAUAGAGGUCGGCAUUCGGCAAAUACCAGACGAGACCUGAAUGGGCACGGAAGGCUGCAGGCGCCACUAACAAAAGGUCUGGAAGUUGGUGUUUGGAAAAUGGGAGGCGGCAGCAGUACUGAACUUGUGGUGGAACAGGAGAGGAGACCAGAGCUCCUUAAAGACCCAUGGAGGAAUGUUGUGUGGAACUCUAGCACAAGAAAGGACCUUGUGAAAUACAUACAGGAUUACAAGCCCCUUAUUGAUUCAGUGCCUCAGGCUCGGAUUCUUCUCAUUGGUCAGAUUACAGCUGGAAAAUCAAGCUUCUUCAACUCCAUCAACUCUAUCUUCCGUGGCAACAUAACAAGCCAAGCUGAUGUAGGAUUUAUAGGAGAAAGCCUGACCAUGAAGUAUCGCACUUACGAGGUGAAGGCAGGUCGAGAAGGACAGCCUCUGGGAUUCCUCCUGUGUGACACCAUGGGAUUGGAGGCAACUAAGGAGGGAGGGGUGAAAACUGAAGAUAUUGAGAGGAUCCUGAAUGGCUACAUACCGGACGAUUACCGGUUCAACCCUGCAUCACCAUGGCAACCUGGUGCUGGUCAGACAGAGUUACAACUUAAGGACAGGAUCCACUGUGUGGUGUAUGUGAUAGACAGCUCAACAUUAGGAAUUAUGACGACAGAUAUGAAGAAGAAAGUUGAUGAAAUCCGAAAGAAAACUAGUUUUCAAGAGGUCCCUCUAAUGGUGCUACUGACCCAUGUGGACAAAGCGUGCCCACAUGUGGAAAAGGAGUUGAAGAAGGUGUAUCACAGCUGCUACAUAAAGGAUAUGAUCUCCAGAGCUAGCGGGUGUCUGGGCAUCCGACCAUCAAAUGUGAUUCCCGUGAAGAAUUACCAUGAUGAGAGUGAGCUGAAUAAUACCUGUGACAUCCUGCUCCUCAAGGCCAUGAAGCAGAUGCUGGACUUUGCUGACAAUUACUUUGACAACUGUCAGAAAGUUGGUGUUCGGAAAAUGGGAAGUGGGAGCAGUACCCCAGUGACAGAGGAGAACAAACCAGAGCUCCUUGGUAAAGCCUGGAGGGAUCUUGUGUGGGACCACAGCACACGAACUGAUCUCAAGCAAUACCUGCAAGAUUACAAGCCCACUAUUGAUUCAGUGCCUCAGGCUCGGAUUCUUCUAAUUGGUCAGAUUACAGCUGGAAAAUCAAGCUUCUUCAACUCCAUCAACUCUAUCUUCCGUGGCAACAUUACAAGCCAAGCUGCAGUAGGAGAAAUGAAAACCAGCCUGACCUUGAAGUAUCACACUUACCAGGUGAAAGCGGGCCGAGGCGGACAGCCUCUGGGAUUCCUACUGUGUGACACCAUGGGACUGGAAGCAAGGGAGGAUGGAGGGGUGAGAACUGAAGAUAUUGAGAGCAUCCUGAAGGGCCACGUUCCAGACAAGUACCAGUUCAACCCUGCGCAGCCAAUGAAAGCUGAUAACUCUCAGGCAUGGAGCACAUUGGCUCUUAAGGACAGGAUCCACUGUGUGGUGUAUGUGAUAGACGCUUCCACAAUUGGAAUUGUGGACCAAGGAAUGAAGAAUAAAAUUGAUGAAAUCAGAAAGAGAACUAUCUCGGCAGGUCAGUGA